CAGUUUUGACAUUCUAAAACAAUUGUUUACGUCACUUUCACUACUUAUCAGAGUUUCGUGUGAAGUGAACGAUCUAAAUAUUUUCUUUACGCCAGGAAAGUUAAUAUCGUAGUUGCAUUAGUAAGGAGUUAUUGUGAUCAAAAUGGCUAGCAUACCCCUAAUGUAUGCUCAAGAGGACUGUGAGUUGGGCGGAAAAGACAACAUAGAGGAUGACUUUGCAUACCGUAACAACGUGAUGAACGCUGAUAAGGAUAUUCGGUUGGGAUUUGUGCGCAAGGUGUACGGUCUACUCACAAUACAAUUGUUGGCGACCGUGGCAAUUGCUGCAGUAUUUCUACUUGUGAAACCUGUUCAAAUUUUCAUACAUCAAAACGAAUGGAUGGUGUUUAUUGCAUUUAUUCUGAGCAUGGUUACAUUGUUCGCUCUAAUCGCCAAAAGGAGAGAUUAUCCUGUCAACUUAUAUCUACUGGCAGCUUUCACCGCAGUACAAGCAUACACAAUUGGUGUGGUGGUCUCCUACUACAAUACAUUUGUGGUCCUUCAAGCCUUAGGCCUCACUUUCGCCGUAGUGUUCGCUCUAACCCUGUACACGCUCAACACUAAACGAGACUUCUCUUUUAUUGGAUAUGGACUGGUGGCUGGUCUUAGCGUUUUGAUCAUUGGAGGCUUCAUUCAAAUAUUCUUACAAAGCUCAGCAUUUGAAAUCGCCUUAUCCUUCACCGGAGCCAUAUUCUUCAGUCUAUUCUUAAUCUUCGACACACAACAGAUGAUGACCACUCUGUCCCCAGAGGAAUAUAUUUUGGCUACCAUCAACCUGUAUAUGGAUAUAUUGAACUUGUUCCUGUACAUUCUGCGAAUCCUGAACGAAAUUAACAGGAAUUAGUAACAUUCAUCUUUAGAAGUGUUGCCAGCACUAAAAAUUUCAGUUCGGUGCCUUAUUUCUUUAUUAGAUUCUUUUGCUUUUACACAACAUAAUAUAACAUAUAUACAAGACACAGGUAUAUAACGGAUUUAUUUUUAAAUUAUAUUUUUCCUUUUUCGAAAACAUUCCCGAUUUUUUAUAUAAUUCAAGUAAAUAAAUGUAUAGGUACUUAAUCUUUUUUUUACAAGAUUUUAACUUUAUUUUUUUGCACUUGACGUGUGUGUAACCUUGAUUCACAGUAUUAUUUACGUGUCCUCUUAUUCUAUUUUUAAACUAACCAAAAAGUAUAUCUGUGAAAAUAAAUAUAACAAUAUCAAAGGGUUCUUUUAUAUGACAUAUUAAAAUGUUUAUUUGAAACAAACUUGACUGUAAAUAAUGUGUAAUAAAUUUUAUUUAAUUGUUUCA